AUGACGACGGCCCGGCUCCCGCAAACUGUCUUCUUUGCCACUGCUGUGACAAGCCUUCACUUCCUACAUUCAUUAUUCAGUGACGUUCUACCACACAUAUUCAGAACCACCUUCUCGCGUUCUAGCCGGCUAGCAGACACCAUGUUGUCGUCGAGCAAGUUGCUCAUGGCCGUCUGGGGCGUCUUCGAUUUCUGUCUCCUGGGUUCCGGGGUGCUCAUGCUUGCACUUUCCAUCGUCUGGCGAGAACCCAAUUUGAUGAUCAACAUCGCCUUGAGCACCAUGCAUCUCAACGCUGCUUUGAUUCUCGCUAUUCUCUUUAUUGUCACUUUCGUCAUCUCCAUUGGCGCGAUGGUGCAAAAGAAUCCGGGCAUCCUCGGUUUUGUAGUUCUCAAUUGGGCACUCAUCGUUGACGCGAUUGCCACACUUGUUGUCGGUACUAUCAUCUGGUUCUACUCGCUCCAGGAGCGCAACAACUACUAUGCCGUUUGGAAAAUGCAGACAAACACCACGAGGGUUGCUGUGCAGAACGAGUUCUCCUGCUGCGGGUACUUCUUACCCAAUGACACUGCAGCAAUUGGAGGGUUCUGCGUGAGCGAUACGUUCGUGAACAGCUUGCCGACGACCUCCGCGUGUGUUUCGCACAUUACCGCAUUCGCGGACGACAUGCUCCAACCGAUCUUCACGUACAUCUACUUCUUCAUGGGAAUCGUGCUAUGCCUACUGCUGGCAUCUCUGUGCGUUAUCAAGACAAGAACGGAAGUAGAACGCUUCAGGAAAAUCGAUGCGAAGCGUGGCGGUGGCGGCUUCGUCUAG